AUGUCUUUGAUUAGCGUUAGAAGGCCUAGCUCGGUUGGUCAAGAUGAGGUGAGCUAUCAGUUUUUAUAUUGCCGUUGUUGAACUACAUUUUAUUCUUGGUUUUCAGGCCGCAAUUUGCUCAGAUAGUUCGUUGUCCCCGCCAGGAUCAAGCACCGACGGUAAUGAAUAUUACUUUACUGUUAAGGGCGCCGCCAUGGUGCUGUCGCAUUCACAACAAAUACUUUCAAGACACCGAAGUUCUGAAACAGGUAUGUAUGGCUAAAUGAGUAAGCCUUUCGGGCGGAGCGAUUCCUAUAACAAAUAACUUUACUUUCUUUUAGUCUUUUUGGAUGAAAUUGAGUUACACCUUCAACAGAUGCUGAAUGUUCUCAGGCCGACCGACAGACUCUCGAUUGUUGUACAACUGCAGUCUCCUCUAACCAAACACACAAGAUACCUGGCUGUGGUGACCUCACCCACUCAACUCUUGACAGGUGCAAGGGAAUCGGCUUUAAUUGGGUUCGAUUUCUAUGAUAAGAGAGUGUCGUAUGUUAUUUUAAUAUUUUUUAUUUGAUGCUCGUAGGAGGUAGUGUGAAAUACAUCAGCUGAUUUCAGGAUCGGCGUAUCAGUCCCUAUCCUCACAACAACCCGGGUGGAAUUGGAUGGAGAUGGUGGGAUUCUGGUCGGGAUCUCAGCCAGCUUUUAUUUCUUUAAACCCGUCUCAAUCCAAUCGAUGUGGCUUGUUUUCCAAUGUCUUCACAAAGAACUAGAACUGGUGAAUAAAUAUCCAACGCUGGAUAAACCCGAGGAAUGGCUGAAUUUCUAUCGGGACGCUGAGAGGACGACUCAAAUCCCAGGCAUUUCCGCUCAAUGGUACGACUGACGGAAUUGUGUUAUUUGUUUUUUAGGCAUGUUUCUUUUGUUGAUGAUGCAGCUCGAGAUGAUAUUAAUGCCAAAAGAGUCAGUUAUCACAACGUGGAGGAUGCAACGGAAAGGCGGAUCAGAGAUUCUCUGAAACAAAUAAUGCAGACUGUGGACCUGGAUGAUGUGACCAGUGGAGAUAUCAGAAGAAGGCUCGAUCGGGAAAUUAAUGUGUCCGUCAAGGCUUACAAGGAGUUCAUCGACAGGGAAAUGCUCGUCAUUUUGGGGCAGAUGGAGAAACCAUCAAAAAUAUUCGAUUAUUUGUAUUUGGGUACAGAAUGGAAUGCAUCAAAUUGGGAUGAACUGCACGAAAACAAGUAAGUUAAAGGAUUUAUUUAUUUAUGAGAUUCAGGGUGCGGUAUAUUUUGAAUAUGACCAGAGAGGUUGACAACUUCUUCCCUUCCCAUUUUGUGUAUAUGAAGAUCUUCGUAUCAGAUGAAGCAAACACCGAACUGCUAAUGCAUUGGAACCGGACUUAUGAGUUUAUCAAGAAGGCCAAGUAAGUGAAUAUACUUUUUUGAGUUAAUUGCAGAAUGGAAGAAUCGGCAGUAUUAGUGCAUUGCAAAAAAGGGAUCAGUCGAUCUUCGUCUACUGUAAUCUCAUAUAUAAUGAAAGAGUAUGGAUGGAAUCUAAGCCGAGCUCUGGAUUAUGUAAAAGCCAAAAGGAAUUGUAUAACACCGAACUCUGGCUUCAUGAAUCAGUUGCAGACGUUUGGAGGAAUGUUGAGUGCAAGUAGAAAUCGGCAGAGUGCAGUCUUUAACGGGUGUAGUCCGAACAGAUCGGCUUCCGACGUGUCUUCAAGACCAAAGAAAACUCGGCCAAGGGGAUCUAGAUCGAUUUGCGAAGGAUAUUUGAAGGCCAUAAUUGGGAAUUCUGAUUCCAAAAAUGCGAAACCUCGUGUGGAAGGGAAGACGUCAUCGUUGGCAAGUUUUCGAUUUUGAAUUUAGACAUUAUUGCUUAAUGAUGUUGGGUUUUUAUUGAUCUCUUCUUUUUAAGGCUUAUCUUAUCAGUUUCAGACCGAAAUUGCGAAAAAGUUUGGGAUCCUCUCUUUAAAAGUGCCAAAUCGCCGCUGUGCCAAAUCCAACCAGUCCGAUAUCCACCGAAGUUUUGUGAAAUCGAUGGUGGGGACCUUCGAACAGAACUCUGAGCACAAUCUUCCAAAGUGAUAUUGUAUUUCUUUGUAUAUAAAACGUCCCGGUGUCCGCUUAUUUUGUCUCUUCUUAUGGGUAUUUUACUUUAAUUAUCUAUAUUCACAUUGUGAGAGGCCCUCAUUGGCCGUCAAGUAGUCCAAACGUCCUCUUUACAUUCCAUAAUUACAGGGUAAAGCUUUAAUUGCUUCAAUAAACGUAUUCCCUCGGUCGAUGUCUUUUUUCGGCUUUUAGUUUUACCGUUGAAUACCUUUAAUUCGAGUGACGUUGCGAUGACGCAUAUUUUUUUAAAACCUUCUUUUCUGCGAGUUUUAUGAGUUUCUUGAAAUCGAAAUCAAAUUUUUGUUGGUUUGAAACGGUUGUUUCCUAAUUGAUUACAACUUUUGUAACUUCAGAUGUCGGAGCCAGAGACUUAUUUCUCGGCCAAAGAACGGCUCUUCCCUCACCUGGAAGAUGGCAAGAUCCCAACAGCCCAGUUUAUUUCGGCCUGUCAAGGAAUUGGAGAAUUCGUGGCAUUCCUAGGAACGGCUUUUAUCCCCGUGAAGAACGAUGUCCUCGGAAAUGUGAACAAGGUUAGGACAAUGUACGAGAAGGACCCGGAGAAGUACAAGUAUCUGCAAGACAUGGUAGAAUCUGAUCUGGAACAACAUGGAGGCAAUAUGGGCAUACCAACAGAAGGGUUGUUGUGGCUGAAAAGGUAAGCAACUAACGGAAGUCAUUUCAAAAAAAGUUACAUUGGGUUUGCAGAGGACUUGAAUUCAUGUUGGAAAUGUUGUUUGGGCUGGUGGAGGCAUAUAAUCGAAAGGAAAAAAGCGAAUCUCUCUACAAUCUCCUCAGCGAAAGUUAUCAGAAGACCCUCAAACAUCAUCACAAUUUCAUUUCCCGCCAAUUAUUUAAAGUUGUUUUGGCUGCCGCCCCUUCUCGGCAUACGCUUCUAAAGACAGUGGCGUACGGUAAAGAAGGUUAUGACGAAUACUGUAUCCAACAUAUGGGAGAUCACAUCAAGGACUUUAAAUUGAAUGUUCAUUCUUUGGUUAAUUUCUACUUCGAGAAGGGCCUCGAUCGAUGCUAUUUUGAAUCCCGGUGA